AUGGCGCCCGCAGCAGCUACCGGUGGCAAGAAGCAAAAGAAGAAGUGGUCCAAGGGCAAGGUCAAGGACAAGGCCCAGCACGCCGUCGUUCUCGACAAGGCUACCGCCGAGAAGCUCCAGAAGGAUGUUCAGUCUUACCGUCUGAUCACCGUCGCCACCCUUGUCGACCGUCUCAAGAUCAACGGCAGCCUUGCCCGCGCUGCUCUUGCCGACCUUGAGGCCAACGGCCAGAUCAAGAAGGUUGUCGGUCACUCCAGCAUGAGCAUCUACACCCGCGCCGUCACCGCCGAGUAA